AUGGCCGAUGGAUCUCCGGCUUUAGCUUUCGCCGUGAGCUGCUGCGGCCGCAUUGAGAACCUUGAAGGCAUCAGCAGUUGCACACAUGAGAUGAGCCAUAACGGCCCAGCUGUACGGAGGGCGCGGCCGGCGAUGACUUACAUGUACCUGACCCUCAGAUCCUGUGCAGGACAGUACUUUGACCUCGUACUUCGCUUCGCCGUGCAUGAAAAGUACCGGCAGCGUCCAAGCCACUGCACACCUGGGCAGUCUGCUGACCCAACAAGCGGGAGUCCGUCUCCGUGGUCGAUCCAGUGCAGUGCGCUGGCGCUUCGGCUCACCAACAAGGGCGUCCACUCCCUGCCAGUGGCCUCGCGCAAAACGUCACAGGGCAUCACGCCACUGACCUUUAGGGCGUGGAUCUCGGGCGGCUGCACCAAUGGAUCCCUGACCUUGGGCCCUGCGAUUCGGUUUUCUACGGUGGCGCUGCAAAGUACGUUGUCCUGCAGAUGCGGCAACAAGUACGACAUGCAGUGGUCAACUGAGGGCAUCGCCAAACUCGUCUCGUCAACACCUCCACCCAACAUCAAACUCGCAUCAACACACUGAUCGCAUACUGACCUCCCAUCCAAUCUUCAUCCCCACGCAAGUGUCAUCCAAUCCACA